AUGUACUAUAAAAAACAGAAAAUACGCAUAUCUCUUUUUUUUAAAUUUUUUAUAUUUACUCUUUUAAUAUGGAUAUCACAAUAUUCUAAUAAUUAUACUUGUAGAUUCUUGAAGGAUAAAAACAAUUUUGAAAGGGCAAUUAAUUUAAUAUACAAAAGAACCUUAUCAGAAUAUGAAUUAAUAGAAUCAGAUGAAAAAAAUUUAAAUAUAUCAGAUAAGACAAAUCCAAGUGACAGGGAAGAAGAAAGUUAUCAUAAUAACUUAAAUAGUGAUUAUAUAAACUUAAUAAAUCUAGAUAAUGAUUCUGAAGUAAAAUUAGAUAUGCGAAAUAUAAAAGAAAAUAAAAAAAUUAACGAACAUAAUGGAGGACACCCUAUCAUUAAAUUAAUAAUUCUAUCUGGAAUGUUCAUAUGCUAUAUAUUUGUAGUUUUAUCUUGUUUAUACAAGAACUAUUACAUACAUAAUACACCAAAUGGAAUAACUCAAGAUUUAUUUUCACUUUUAACAGUUACUCUUCUUUUACUUUGUUCAAUAAUAAUAGUAGACCGUGGUAUAUUGUGA